AAAAAAGCAAAAUAAAAAAAAAUUGUUGUUAUCAUAACAUUUAGUUCCUUUAAUAAAUUGAACUAAUUAAAAAAUAAUCAGUAAUAUUUGAGGCACGCAGGCUUCCAGAUCGAUUUUAGGAGAAAGCGAUGUAUUUUAGAUUGAUCGGAUUAGAAAGGCUGAGAAAAAAUCAUUACCUCGCGCUGCACUUAACAGACGGUCGUCGUCCAUACAGCCGCCAGAACCGAGACAGUUAAUAACAUAAAAAAUAUAUUUAUAUCACAAAUAAAUUAUCAGCGACUAACAAAGGAGAGAAAAAAAUAUUAACAAUUUAUGUGUUUUUUUUUUUUGGAAAUAUCGUCUUUUAAAGAUGAAAGAUUUGUGUAAAGUUUUAGGACGAUGUUACAGUGAAAUGUGAAAAAAAGUUGUGAUUUAUUAAAAUAAAAGUUAAUUGAUAUAAAAUAUUAAGAUGAAUAUGUGAAGAUAACAAGGGCAUUAUGCUAAAUAUUUUAUUAACGUUUUCCUUGAUGGUCGUAUCUGUUGUCGGCCACGGUCGUGUGCUCCAACCCCCAUCCCGCGCCUCCAUGUGGCGGAGUGGGUUCCCAACCCCUCACAACUAUGAUGACGAUGGACUUAACUGCGGUGGCUUCUAUAGACAGUAUGCCAUAAACAAGGGAAAGUGUGGAAUCUGCGGAGACGCCUACGAUAUGAAGCCCCCAAAAAGCCAUGAACUCGGUGGCAAAUAUGGCCAAGGAAUUAUUGUUUCAAAUUUCGAGCCAGAGCAAAUUUUUACAGUCACAGUAGAAAUAACGGCCUAUCAUAGAGGCUACUGGUAUUUUAAAAUAUGCCCAAAUCCGAAGACUAACAGGCAAUCCUGCUUCGACAAAUAUCCAGUGGAACUGGCGACGGGUGGCACAAAUUUCUAUCCUUCAAAAGGUGGUGUAUAUAAAGUGAAGUAUCGUCUUCCUAAAGGUUUAGUUUGCGACCACUGCGUGCUACAGUGGAGGUAUGUAGCUGGAAAUAACUGGGGUUUCUGUGGGAACGGGACCUCGGGGCUGGGAUGUGGCAACCAAGAAACUUUUGGCGCCUGUUCUGAUAUUUCUAUUAGCGAGAAUUCUAUCGAUACCGAUGCUCGUCCAGUGAAGUUUGCUACUGCUUCAAACGAUAUAAGUGAAGAUCUCAAUAGAAUCUUGAAUUUACUACGAAAGGUAACCGCGAAACCAAAAUAUAAGAAGACGAAACCAAAACCGAACCAAAAGAAAAAUAGGAAUCAUCGGAAACCGAGGCACGAUACGCGACCCUCGAAAAGAAAAAAGGAUUGGCACUUUAUAUAAUGUUAAGUGAAAUAAAUAUAUAUAAAUUAACUAAAUUGAUCCUUAAGUUGAUGAAAGAAGCUACCUCCAUUCAGACAUAUUUAUAAUGGUUGGAGAAUAUAAUAGGAAAUAUAUUUAAAUAAACGAAAAGAAAACACUUGAAACUUUUAAAUUAUUUAUUCCGUCUAUUUACAUAUGAAUAUCUAAUAUACUACAGUGUGGAUUUUAUAAGCCUUUUAAAAAUCUUUUGACAACUUGUAUAUUUAUUAACAUUUUAUUGGAUGUUUUAAUCUGUGCCAUCAUUACACAACACAUGUGACAUCGGACAAGAUUUAAAAGCAGUACAGUAGUUGGUUGAUAUUAAUUAUCAAACUACCCGCAUUCAAAUGAUAAGACACUCUUUAAUUAAAAAAAAGGUAUUUAUUGCUGUGCACAACCUAGGCUUUGGAAGAAGCAUCGCAUAUCGCAUAUGCAUCACACACACAGACAAUCAAACAGCUCGUACUGUAACACACAAUAAUAACUUUCACAACAACGCUUCUUUGGAAGCUUGAGAUAAUAUCUAAGCAUCUUUCCGGCUAUAGUUGGACUUCGAAAUUAAAAUAGUUUUCAAUAUCAAUGACAUAAAGAAUCAACGCAAACAAUAUAACAAAAUUAUAGCUUUAAGAUUUAAUUGAUGGGUCAGUAGCAAUUAUAGCCGGCAAGAUAUAAAACACAGCCGACCCAAUUCUAACAAUUAGUACUACAAAGUGA